UCAUCGGGUUGCAGCAAACAGACCUGCAUGCAGUCUUCUAAUUGUGUGUGUAUUGCUGCAUUGUUUGUUCUGUAUUAUGUACGUAUUUGCUUCAGGGAUGCGGUAAACAUUAUUAUUUGUUAUUGUUUCGGACCCAUUCGUUUCAGUGCGCUUAAAAACAUCUCAAGCUAGCUUAGCUUGCUAACGGACAACAAAGACGAGGAAGUUGGCGACACUGCGAGAGUACGAGAAGGAACUUUCUCGAACAAAACAGGAGAACGAGCGACAACGUCACUUCUUGUGGACGCCGUUCACAAGAAGCAUCAAGUUGUGUCACACUGUGCAGUCACACAAACAAUGGACAUGGAGGACGUCAGACCAGCAGAAAGCUUCCAUGAAGAAGAGCAGGAGUGGAGCUCGAGGGUGGACCAGGAGGAAUCCCAGCCUGCCCUCGUUAAAGAUGAAGAGGAGGAGCACAGCAUCAGUCAGGAGGAUCCUGAAGAGCUGGAGGAGUUCCCAGUGAUUAGUGUCAUUGUGAAGGGUGAAGAUGAUGAAGACAAAGGUCAACGUGAGGAGAAGAAAGGGGUGGAGUCUCCAAGCAGCAGCUCAACUCGACGCAUGACAACAGAAACUGAUGGAGACCACUGUGGAGGAUCACAAGCAUUAGCUCCACUGUCAGAUAGUGACGACACAACGUCACACUCUCCUGACACUGAUGAUGAAGAAGACUCUAAAACAUGUCACACUGACAACACACACUUUAAAUGUUCUCAGUGUGACAAAACCUUUGUCAACAAGAGAAAUCUGAAACGACACAUGAGAUCUCACACAGGUGAAAAAACUUUCAUCUGCUCAUUUUGCGGUCAAGGAUUCUAUGAGAACGCUCAUCUGGUAAUACACACGAGAAUACACACUGGCGAGAAACCAUUUCCCUGCUCAGUCUGCAGCACCAGUUUUCGUGUCCGUCCGUUGUUGAUUAAGCACAUGAGAACGCACACCGGCGAGAAACCUUUUUCCUGCUCAGUGUGCGGUAGAAGCUUUGCUCAGAAGGGACAACUGAUAACGCAUACGCAAACACACACGGGCGAGAAACCUUUUGCUUGCUCGCUGUGCGGUCAACGAUUUUCUCGGAAGGGAAAUUUGAGAACGCACACAACAACACACACCGGAGAGAGGCCAUUUUCCUGCUCGGUCUGCAGCACAAGUUUCCGAGUUCAGUCGGGUUUGGUCCAACACAUGAAAACGCACACUGGAGAGAAACCUUUUGCUUGCUCAGUUUGUGGCAAACGAUUUGCUCAGAAUACAAAUUUAAUAACGCACACCAGAUCACACACUGGGGAAAAACCUUAUACUUGCUCCAUAUGCAGCGCAAGCUUUAGUUAUCAUUCAUCACUGAAUAAUCACAUGAGAACACAUGCUGCUAAGAGUGUCUGACUGCAAUGUGGAGGAGAUGAAUGGAUGCCAGAGGAUGUAUAGAUGUGGUAUGCUGCAACAUUCUGUGAUGUGUUUAACCAGUGUUGUAGUCCGUUAAUUUCUUUAUUACUAAUAACCUUCAUGUAUGAAAAUAUGUUAAAGUUUUACCAAUUUUCAUUGAAUGGUUUAUUGAAGUGAAAAAUGCAAAUGUAUCAGAAAUAAAAUAAUUAU